AUGUCACUAAAAGGCAAAGUAUUCGCCAUUACAGGCGGUGCAAGCGGAAUCGGAUACGCAACAGCCAAGAUUCUCUCGAGUCGUGGCGCCGCGGUAGGAAUCGCCGACGUGGACCCCGAGGCGCUCAAGGCCGCCGAGGACUACUUUUCUUCCCAGGGCGAUGCUACUGCUGCUGCUUUCCUCAUCUCCAAGGUCGACGUCUCCAAGCGGGCCGAGGUCGACGGCUGGAUAGCAUCCAUUGUGGCCAAAUUUGGCCGCCUCGACGGCGCCGCCAAUGUGGCCGGAAUCAUUGGCAAGCAUCAUGGUCUGGCCUCGGUGGCGGAGCUUGACGACACGGAGUGGGACAAGAUUAUUGCCGUCAACUUGACCGGCAUGAUGUAUUGCCUGCGAGCCGAGCUGCAAAGUGUCGUCGACGGUGGGUCUAUCGUCAAUGUAUCUUCGAUUCAUGGGACCAAGGGUUUUGCAAAACAUGCGGCUUAUGAUGCCAGUAAACACGGUGUGGUCGGCCUGACCAAGGCCGCAGCAUUGGAGAAUGGGGCUCGUGAAAUUCGAGUCAACAGUGUGGCCCCUGGAUCCAUCUAUACUCCGCUCAUGAAGAAGGCUUGGGACUUCCAUAACAGGGCAGAUGAUGCAAAAUUCGAUGAGCCGACCGCAUUCCAAAGACUAGGAACGGCGGAGGAGACGGCCAAUGUCAUUGUAUUCCUACUGGGUCCAGAAAGUACAUUCGUCAAUGGGAGUGUAUACUCUGUUGAUGGCGGCUGGAUAUAA